GUCGCUGCUGCAGGCGAGACGCAAAAGCAUGCGCGUCCUCCCUCUGCUGCUGCUGCUGCUCGGCCAGCGCGCAGCAGCGAUGCGCGUUGCCGGGACAACGGCGCUGCACGGCUUCCGCGGCUGCGCAGUGCGAGAGUUCUCCUUCGUGGCCCAGAAGCCGGGCUGCAAGGGGCUGCGGGUCACCACGGAGGCCUGCUGGGGGCGCUGCCACACCUGGGAGAGGCCAGUGCUGGACCCCCCCUACAUCCACCGGCACCACCGCGUGUGCACGUACGCGCUGACCCGCUACGCCAGCGCGCGGCUGCCCGGCUGCCAGGCCGGCGUCUCGCCCCUUUACCACUACCCGGUGGCCGUGCACUGUCACUGCGCUGUGUGCACCACCCUGGACAGCGAGUGCGAGAGCUUCUGACGGCAGAGGGAGGCAGCUCGUGUCCAUCGUGUGUGAUGCUCAUU